UCCAGCAUUCUGCCUCCUCCUACCCUUCUGUUCCGGGCUUUGGCCCCUCAGGGCAGUUAUAACUCUACUUCUCCUUGCAGAGCCUGCUUCUCCUUUCAUAUUCACCCAGGGUUGGAGCAGGUGCUUCUUGGAAAGUGGGCAAGUGACCAUUGCAGGCCAGCCCAGCUGUGGAGCAGCACCAACCAAGCCCCUGAGAGGGAAUCAGUUGAGAUGGGGAGAGGGCUGUAUAAAGACAUUGCCUCAUCUUCCGCCAUGGAUUCAAGAUUGCUACCAAGCUGGCAAAAGAGGAAUACCUUUUCUUCCAGGCUGCUGACGGCGUGCUGCGGACCUCUGCUUCUAAGUGAUACCUUCCUCCGAAGCCAGUGUGUGGAGCCUGCCCCACACCCUCCACCUGCCAAAACCACGGCCUUUACCUGUGUCUUUCGGUGUUUCCCCUGCGACCCUUCCUGUGGGAGCACCUCCUGGGCCACCCCUGAGUUUGCACAGCAUUCAUCAGCGGCUCCAAUGGUGAAGAUGACGAGGUCCAAGACUUUUCAGGCCUAUCUGCCUUCCUGCCAUCGGACCUACAGCUGUAUCCAUUGCAGGGCCCACCUGGCCAACCACGAUGAACUCAUUUCCAAGUCGUUCCAAGGAAGUCAAGGACGAGCUUACCUCUUUAAUUCAGUAGUUAAUGUGGGCUGUGGACCUGCAGAGGAGCGAGUGUUGCUAACGGGGCUGCACGCGGUUGCAGACAUCUACUGUGAAAACUGCAAAACCACUCUGGGCUGGAAAUAUGAACACGCCUUUGAGAGCAGCCAGAAGUAUAAAGAAGGCAAAUACAUCAUUGAACUUGCACACAUGAUCAAGGACAAUGGCUGGGACUGAACGGCGGGCGUGCCCCCACCCAGUGUCUGAAUGAAUGCCAUCCGACUGAACAUUAUAUCCAAGAGGGGAGAGAGUGACUGAACGCUUGGUUCCAUCCCUUUAGAGGCUUUGGCAUCGGAGCAUCCUCCCACCCUAUCUCCAUCUUUAUUGGUGACUGGCCUCUAAAUUGCUGUCUCUCUGUCUCUUUGCUUUGUAUCUGUUUGUGAGUUGACCCUGGCUUCUCUCUCUGUUCUAGUGUUGGCUAAAAACAACGGAUGCACCGAGAGCUUGGCAGCAUUCUACUUUCAGGAGAGUCCCAGGGACCCCCAGGGUGGGUGGCCGUGGCCCCUUGGUGUCAGGAGAGCAGGGGCGUGGGGCACGGGCAGGGAAGGGAGCCCCGAGCGUCGGGCCCGGGAGGGUGCAGGGAGGAACGGCUGCUCCUUGAAUUCUGGGAACCUAGCAACCUUGAACCCAUCAGCGUGUCCAAGAGGACAAAAAGAAGAUUUAAAAAAAUACCUCAUGACUGAAUCUCUUUGAAACUUCUGCUCCUGCCCCCCCACCACAAGGGGCCAGGUUAGGCUGAGAGGCGGCACGACUGCUGUCCAGGCAGUGGCAGGGUCAGUGCUCCGCAUCCUCCCCUGCCCGAGGUCCCACUCGUGGUCCCCCGAGGUGAUGGAGGGUUCAGGACCUAGUACUCCCCGGCCAGUCGGAGGCCUGGCUCUGACCGGCAGCCCACUAAGUCCUGUAUUUUCAGGGGACAGCAAGUUAGGAGAUGCUGCCAAGACAGCUCCAGUGUCAGGCAAGGAAACCAUAGGAAAGCCAAUAGAGUUAAAACGGCCCCAUCUGCCUGGCCCAUGACCCUUCUCUGAGCACAGUGGAUGGGAAUGAAGAAGCAGGGAUUGGGGGGCCGUGAACCUCCCUGCUUCCCCGGGGUGGGUGGGUGGGAAAGGGACUUCCCCAGGAGCAGGGAUGACUCAGUCUGAUUGGCUUUGCUUCCAGCCCCGUCUUUUAAGCUCUGGAAGAGAAAAGCUUUGGAGAUUAUGGUUAAUGUGUUCUGCAGGGGGACAUUUCAAGCCCCGGCGUUAUUUCCCUGAAUUUGAAUGGGGGAGAAGCAUAGCAAUUAACCAAAGUGGCACCGCGGUGGGGACUGAUUAAAUUUUGAUGUCAAACGACGAGUAACAGAAUCCUAAUCUUACCUUUUCUUUUUGGGGGGUAGGAAUGAGGAGGAGACAUACGUCCUGGUAUUAGGGGAGCCAGCCAGGCUCAGGAGGGAAAAGCUUUGUGUUGCAUUUAAUCAUACACACUGUGAUGUCUAUGCUACAGCACUCCGGCCAGUACCUGGUGUGUGGUGUGAGGCCCACUCAAACUGAGUUCAUUUCAUUUCUCGGGCUUAACAUACACUUUUAUUUUCCUGAUGUUCUUGGAUGUCAUUCUCAGCAUCUCGGUUUCUGUGGAGGCCAAACCUCGAGAAAGAAAGCCAAGUCUCCAUUGUCGCGAGUGGUUGAUCCAGGAGCGAAGGGAAGCUGGGCCAUGGAGUGGGCUCGGCAGAGUCAGGGAAGCCCUCUGGGAUGCAGACAGAGCAGGUGACUGUGGGAGGGCUCCUAAAGAAACCCCGAGUCCAGGUGGUUCUGGCUCAAGGCUGACCUAGACCCAGAGGCCUGGAAUCUCACACAAAACAGAUUUUUCUUCUUUUGACUGGCUGGUACAAGACAAAAACAAGCAAACAAAAAAACCCACUUCUUUUCCUACUCACCAAGCCUAGUUUUUGAUUCUUUAAAAAAAAAAAACCAACUAAGGAUUAGAACCACAUCAACCAAACCCAAAUGAUUUGGAGGGUUUUGUCCAGCCAGUUCUUGAAAAAACAUUCUGGAAAAAGGAAUAAUAAGGGAAAUAGGCAUAGUGCAUAUAGCCUCCUAAAGGAAUAUUCUUUCAGCUUCCCCUAAUCCUUUAGAUUGCAUCAGAAUAUAGCUUCAGUUUUCACAUUCCCAGGCUAGCUUCCACUCCCUCCCUACUCAAGUAUGGGCCCUGGACCCCUUCCUUUAGAGAUUUGGCCUUCCCCUCAAGGAACCUUUCACCUGGUCUGUAGAGCUAAAAAUGAAACGGAAAUUUGGCAGGUUUGAAAGCAAACCCGGACAUGGCAGCAAGACCAAACCCUGGCCCCAUCCCUCUUUUUCUCCUAGGAAAGCUUCCACUGCUCGCCCUGUGUAGAUGCAAUUCAGACUCCUGGUGGUGCGAGGAGUAUGGGAAAGGCGCGUGGCACCCCUCUGAAGAGCAGGCCCCCUUCAUUAGGUUUCCCCUACACGUUUGACUAAACCAUAAGUGCUUCUUACAACUUAGCUCCAUCCAAGACUUGUUUAAUGUCUAGCAGUAUUGGAGGCCACAAACAAGAGCUCAAGCCCUGUCACAUUUGUGGACUCAACUUGUUCCUUCUCUAUUCAUUUUCUUUUUCUUUCUUUUUUUUCCUCUUAAAAUUUAUCUACUCAGAGCAUAACCAAAGACCUCACCCCCAGGCCACUGGUAGGUUCAGCUAACAGGGAGCUGCUGGGCAUGGCUGGAAGGGUAGAAAGCAAGAAGGAAGGGAAAGGGGGGAGUUCUUUACCUCAGCCAGCAGCUGCCUUCAUUUGGGACCGAAAAAGCAUUAGCAGAAUCACCAUGCUCCACCUGGAAUCGGGUGGUCUUGGCUUUGGAUGGAGCCUUGCAGGCUCUGUGGGCUGCCCCUGGCACCAGUCUGGAAGCUGGAUGCCGUUCACUCGAGUUGGUUGGAGCAAACCAGCUGCGACCCAGUUGGAUGAACAUGGGUGUCCAUCUGGGUACUAGAUCUCUAUGUAAGACAAGGUCAGUCCGGGCUGGUAGAUCAGGAUGCACAGAGGAAGUGUCCCCCUUUCUACAAAUUUCAAAGGGUAAUAUAUACAGAAAAGAAACAUUCUCUUGUGAAAUAUACUUUUGUAAAUAAUAUUUAAUUUUUUUAAAUAAUAUAUUUGGUGCUGUUUUCUCAGAGCCCCUGAGAGCACUUUUUAUUUUUGUUUUGAAAUUCUGCUGUUUCCUCUGCAUUUUUUGAAGUCUGUUUUAAGGGAAACAUAGAUACUUUUCUUUUUUUUUUUUUAAAGUCUGUUAUUAAAAUCUGGGGAGGCAAGAAAGCUUCGCUUUUGCCCUUUCCUGGUGGAAUUGACGUGUAGUGAAUCAUUAGAAUGAAUUGAAAUGUUUUUCUUACACGAGUAUUGGCUAGAAAAGAAAAAUUAAGGUGAAAUUGAUGUUAGUUGUGGCUUUGAAGACAUCCUCUCAUUGGAAGGCCUUCAGGUCUAUUGUUUUCAAUUGUGCAUUUUUUAAAGAACAUUUUCCAAUGGCUCCUGCUUUUCUUUUUACUGGGGACAUUAUGUCAAAGUUUACACACUUCCUGCAGCGAGAUUUUUAUUUUCUCCCCAACUUUGUAUGAAUGUAUGUAUGUAUGUAUAUGUGUGUGUGUGUGUGUGAUUUAAAAAAAAUCGUUUGCACUCUGUCUCUUAAGUGGACCAACAGCACAAGCCAUAGAGAAUGCCUCUUACCAUGCCAUGUACAGGCAGGGCUGUUUGCAGUGCCAGGUCUCUGGUGCACCUUCCCCUUUUCCUUCUCUGUGGCACAGCUUGGAUGAGCUAGAAAUGAAAUCUAUCAUCCUUGCGGAGAUGCAAGAGUCAAACCUCUUUUCUAUUUGCUAACGUGAGUGUAUUAAUCGCAUUUUCUGUGGCUCCAAGUGUUUUAAAAGAAGCCUCACCAUAAACAGUAACUGGUAUUGGCAGAACAGACAUGAGAUGUACACAUGCCUGUAGGUAAACAGCUCUGUGAGGUCCGACUCCCUCAGGCUCAGGAAGAGGCCUGCCUGGGAAAUCCAAUCCUGGAAAACAAUCAACUUGUGUGUUUUUUAAGUCAGUCCAAAAAUGAAAAACCACUACGGGGUGGGGGGAGGGAGGAAGAGACGUUGAAUUUUCCAGUUAAAAUAUAAUAAAAUAAUGUCCUGUGGCAACAUAAAGGUACAAAGCUAUUCUCAACAUUACCAAAUUCUUGAUGCGUGCCCCCUUAUGCUUUUGUAUAACAUUUUGGUAAGAAAGCGGGAGCAAAUUCCCUUUUUUCCCCAUUUUGCAGAGACUAUCUUUUCACUACUUGUCUGUCUAUUGAUGCUUGUGUUUACAAACCGUAUCUGUUGGGUUUUGGGGGUGGUUUUUUGGGGCAUAUUUUUUCAGGUCACUUUGCUUUGACAACAAAGGCAAUUGUUUUUUCAAUACGUUGUCUUCACCUUUUUUCCUGUAUUUGUACAUAGUGACUCAGUAUUAGAAGAAAGUGCAUUGUUUUCUCUCAUUUCCAAUCUGUGUUGGUGCUCAUUUGAGAAAAUAAAGUUUUCAAUUAUUCUGAAA